AGGCGGUUCUUCCCGCGGCGCGCGCCCUCUGGCGUCGGGCCUGGAGGAGUGGGAGGCGGAUCCCCGAGGAUCCCAGCGGCGCGGGGCUCGGAAGCGGACGCAGCUCGGUAUGGCGGCCGCUGAGGGGCGGGAGCCUUUACUGAGGGCUGGAGAGGAGGAGGAGGAGCAGGAGCAGCAACAGCAACAGCGGCGACGGCGGGGCAGAGAUGUCGUGGAAACGCAGGAGCAUUACAAGAGCAGGUGGAGGUCUAUCUGGAUCAUGUAUCUGACUAUGUUUCUCAGUAGUGUAGGUUUCUCAAUUGUAAUUAUGUCUGUAUGGCCAUAUCUCCAAAAGAUUGAUCCGACAGCAGAUGCAAGUUUCUUGGGGUGGAUUAUAGCUUCGUACAGCAUUGGCCAAAUGGCUGCCUCUCCUCUGUUUGGUUUAUGGUCCAACUACAGACCAAGGAGAGAACCUCUUGUUAUUUCAACUGCAAUUUCAGUAGCUGCUAAUUGUCUUUAUGCCUAUGUUCACGUACCUCAUUCACACAACAAAUACUACAUGCUUACUGCACGUGCUCUUGUGGGAUUUGGAGCAGGAAACGUGGCUGUGGUUCGGUCAUACAUUGCGGGUGCCACUUCUCUUACAGAAAGAACAAGUGCCAUGGCCAAUACCAGUGCCUGCCAAGCAGUGGGCUUCAUAUUAGGACCAGUUUUCCAGACUUGUUUUACACUUAUUGGAGAGGAAGGAAUAACAUGGAAAUCAAUUCAUCUUCAGCUGAACAUGUAUACAGCACCAGUUCUAUUUGGUGCUCUUUUAGGAAUUAUUAAUAUUAUACUCAUCUUUGCUAUAUUCAGGGAGCACCGAGUGGAUGACAUGGGACGGCAGUGCAACAGUAUCAAUUGUGAAGGAGAAGAGACUGGUGUUCUGGAUCAGGAUGCAGAAGGAAACAUUGACCAUGUUGCUGUUGUAGCACUAAAUUUUCUUUUCUUUGUCAUCUUGUUUGUCUUUGCAGUCUUUGAAACCAUAGCUACUCCACUGACGAUGGAUAUGUAUUCCUGGACCAGGGAAAAGGCUGUUUUUUAUAAUGGAAUAAUCCUUAGUGCGAUUGGCGUUGAAUCAGUUAUUGUUUUCAUGGUGGUGAAAAUGCUGUCUAAAAAGACAGGUGAACGUGCCAUACUCCAUGGAGGCUUACUGAUUGUCUUAAUUGGAUUCUUUAUCUUACUGCCUUGGGGGAAAAAACUACCAAAUAUCCAGUGGCAAGCGAUAAAGAACAAUUCCAUUCCCCAAACAACCCCCACUGAAAUGGUGAUGCCUUUCUGGAAUUUGCAAGCAAUGCAGCUUCCAUCCAACCACUCUGAACCCGCAGGCUGCCCCAUCACGCAGUCGUGGUGCCUGAAUACUCCCAUGAUCUAUCUGGCUCAGUAUAUCAGCUCUGACAUACUAAUAGGAUUGGGCUAUCCAGUUUGUAACGUUAUGUCCUACACUUUAUACUCAAAAAUUCUAGGCCCAAAACCUCAGGGUGUCUACAUGGGAUGGUUAACUGCUUCUGGAAGUGGAGCACGCAUACUUGGACCGGUUUUUGUGAGCCAAAUAUACACUCACUUGGGACCACGCUGGGCAUUUAGCUUAAUAUGUGGAGUGGUUGUAAUCUCUCUGUUAGUCUUGGAAAUAGUAUACAAGAGACUUAUUGCAUUUUCUGUCAGAUUUGGAAGGAUGCAAGAAGAGAGGAGUUAAAUACAUAAGCAAUGAGAAUACAAAAACAAUUUAAAAAAUAACAGUCCAUUGCUACUUUUUAACAUGGAGUGCCUAACCACUGACCUUGUUGGAUGUGUGAUAAGAACUGCACAUAGGUACUGAUGCAUUGACACAUUUCAAUUCAGCAUAUCCUAACACAUGGUUGUACUGCUGCAAUAGAGCUUUUUGUAUUCCGCUUUUCUAGCAGCAGAGGAAGGAUGUGAAUGAGUUGAAUCAAUACAAAGGCACAUUUGAAAUGCUCACAUGCACACCAAGUACAACAAUGAAGGUCACAGGUUAAGAAUGUCCCUUUCAGGAAGCAGUGUAUCUUGAUUCUGUGAAUCAGGAUUAGUAACUCUUCUAACUA